AUGGUGAAGACUGAAGAUGGUGGCGAUGGACUUGAACCAGAACAGUUUCGGAAGAUGUUUAUUGGUGGUUUGUCAGCAACAACGACUGAUGAAGCACUCAAAGAGUUCUACUCUCAGUGGGGUGAGUUAGUGGAUUGCAUUGUGAUGAGAGAUCCAGCAACGAAGCGUUCACGAGGCUUUGGAUUUGUCAGCUUUUCUAAGCAAUCCGAGGUUGAUGCUGCAAUGGCGGCUAGACCGCACGUAAUUGAUGGGAAAACAGUAGAUCCAAAACGGGCUGUACCGCGUGAUCAGUCAGCUCGUAGCGAAGCAAAUGUUUCCUCUAAACGACUGUAUGUUUCCGGUGUUCGUGAAGAGCAUACCGAACAAAUGUUUGAGGAUUAUUUUAGUCAGUUUGGCAAAGUACUGAAGGUAGAAAUUAUAGCUGACAAGAAUACUGGGAAACCAAGAGGAUUCGCUUUCAUCUCCUUCGAUGAUUACGAUCCGGUUGAUAAAUGUGUGUUGCAAAAAAGUCAUCAAAUUCAUAAUUAUCGUUGCGAUGUCAAGAAAGCUUUAAGCAAAGAAGAAAUGGCAAAGGCUCAGCAACUAGAUCGAGAACGCACGGAGAGAAUGGGACGAUCACGAGGUACAAUGAGACCUGAUCGUUAUGGUGGCGGACCGGGAGGCUAUGGUGGAGCAUGGGGUGGACCCGGUGGUCCUCCUAGUGGUCAGUGGGGACCACCUUCUGGAGGUGGUGGCGGUUAUGGCGGAGGCUACGGAGGUUAUGGUACUUCAGCUGGAGGAUGGGGUCCAAGUGGAGAUGCUCCAGGUAGCUGGGGUACUGCAGCUCAAGGUGCUUGGAACGGUUCACAGUCUGCAUCCUCAGGUUGGAACGGCAGCGGCAGUGGAGGACAGGGUGGUUGGCAGGGAAGUGGUGGUAAUGGGCAACAGUGGGGCGGAUCUUCUGGAAAUUCAGGUCACGCUGGUUGGGGUGGUCGCUCAUACUGA